UCUUUGAAUGCAGCAUUGACUCCCGCCCCCCCAGUGCCCCUCGGCUCUACUUCCUGUAUGCCACAACUUCACUGUACAGUGUACACAGCGGGACACAGCGGAGGGCAGCGUUCACACCAGCGGCUGAUCACACCUGAUGAACACGAAGCCGCCUGGGACUGGUCAUGACGCAGCAGGAGGAGCAGGAGUUCAUGGAGAGCCUGGAGGCGGCCCUCUCCUGGAUGCGGGCCAUCCAGGAGAGACUGAAAGCCAACGACAACACCCAGGGGCCCCGUGAUGCCCUGGAGAUCCGACUCAGGGAGACAGAGAAGAUCCAUCAGUCGGAGCAUGAAGGUCGUGUGAAGAUGGACAUGGCGCUGGUGGCGGCUGAGAACCUUUUGCAGAGCGGAGAUGAAGAGCUGAGGAACCACACCCACGCUAAGCUCAAAAAGCUGAAAAGCCUGUGGGAGGACACCUGCACCUAUAUCAUCCACUGUCACAGUCGCAUAGAGUGGGUGUGGCUCCACUGGGGCGAGUACCUGAAGGCCUACGAGGAGUUUGAGCUGUGGUUGACGAGUCGGCAGCGCAGUCUGGAUGUCGCGGUGGAGCUGCAGCUGGGGGUGAAAGAGAAGCUCUGGCAGGUGGACCAGCAGAGGGUGGUGGUGAGCGACAUCCACGGCCAGGCGGCGCUGUUGGAGAGGCUGCUGGACGAGGCCGCCGCGCUGCACAACAGAACCCAGGACCCCAGCGUGGAGCCCCAGGCCCAGGAGAGGCUGCAGGAGGCCUACAACGAUGUCAGAGAUAGAGCAGAGGAGCGUCUGUCACUGCUUCAGAAGAUCGCUGAGGAGCACCAGACGUACCAAGGCCGCGUUCAGAGGUUCCAGUCCUGGCUGCUGUCAAAAACCAAGGAGCUGACUGAUCUGAUGGAGAGGGAGGAUACAGCCGAGAACAAGCUCAAAGCCUUACAAGCUCUGGACGAUAGCGUGGCCGGCGAGGAGAAGACCCUGCAGCAUAUCGAGGGAGUGGCGGAGGCGGUGAGGGGUAACACCUCUCCCUCUGGUGCGGAGAUGGUGGUGGAAGAGGCCGAGGAGCUGAGGCUGGGCUGGCAGAGGCUGAGGCAGGGCCUGUUUGAGACUGAGGAGGGCCUGCGCUCCAGCCUGGACUCCCACAGUCAGUACAUGGCCAGAUGCCAGCGGCUGGGAGAGGACAUCGGCCACCUCAGGGUGCUGCUACAGGAGCUGGACCAGGAACUGGGGGAGGGCCGCGAGGCGAGGGACCGCACUGACCGGACCGAGGAGCAGAUGGUGGGCCAGUGGAGGAAAUACACGGGUGUGAGGAACACUCUGGCAGGGGAGGAGUCCCAGGUGGAACUACUCAAGGCUCAGCUCAAGGAGCUCUUCAGGUUCUCAGAGGACUCGCGCCACCUCUCUGACGAUGUCCUGGCUGUUGUCAAAGAACAUCAAAGUGUGAAAAGCAGAGCGAAGAGGCUGUGUUCAGAGUCCGAGUCAGGGCUCAGAAACAUUCUCCAGGACCCGCUGCUGGUCUACGCACAGUGGAGCCACAUGGUCUCUCAGGUUCUGGAGGCUUCCUCUGAGGUUACUGACUUCUCCCACAUCGCCAUGUUAGUCCAGAACAUAGAGCGUCUGCUGAAGGGCAGUGUCCUGCUGCAGGAGCGCCUCAGUCUGCUGCAGGUCAAGGGGGACCUGCUGGACUCUGUGUUCGGUCCUGAGAGGUCUGACGGCAUGCAGGGCGAGCUGAGUGCUGCCAUCAGGAACAGAGAGCUGCUGCACACUCAGCUGCUGCAGAGGAAGAGCCGACUACAGGGCUUAAUCUCAAGAACCAAGGACUUUGGGGAUGCCUAUGAGUUGAUUCGCUCCAAGCUGGCCGCUCUCCGGGACCAACUGGUGGCAGCUGACGGCCUCCAGCCUGACAUCCUGGCUAAGAAAAGCCAGUCAGACCAGUUUAGGGUGAUCCUGAAGGACCUGGAGGACUGUGAAGCCCACAUCUCAGCGCUGGAGACUCUGGUGUCGUCCAGUCAGAGUAACAGGACCCAGUUUGAGAGGCUCUACGCUGACUGGAAACACCUGCACACAGCAGCCAGGGUGAAGGUGAAUGAGAGCGAGGGGAGCAUCGCUGACCAUGAGAGCUUCCACGACAGCCUGCUGAACAUAGAGAAGUGGCUGAUGAUCAUGAAGCAGAAGCUGGAGUCCUUCAACAGCCCCUCAGGACAAUGGAGCGUAGAGGGCCGCCAGCUCGAAGCUCAGAGAGCUCUGGGAGAGUUCCCAGAGAAGGAGCUUCAGCUGCAGCAGAUGGAGGUCCAGGGUCAGGGGGUUUUGGAGAGGACUUCAGAAGAGGGACAGGUCCACAUUCUGCGGGACAUUAAGCGCCUACGAGAGUCCUGGUUGGCCCUGUACAAUAUGAGUCUCAAUCUUCACAGGCUGCUGAACAGCUCCACAGAGCAGACAGAGUCUGACUCAUGGAGCGUUGGAGGCCUGUUUGUAGACCGCACAUCCCUAACAACAGAGCUCAGUCUGGGGGAGGGAGACAGUCAGGGCAGGGCAGGAGGCUCCAGGAGCCAGAGAGGCCAACAACAAGACAAGCCAGCUGAGCUGUAUGGAGCCGUGGCUAGCUCUGGGCCUGGAAGAGGAGCAAGCCUGGAGGGAGAGGCAGGAGAGGGGGUGAUGACGGGGCAGGGUGGUUGGAUACAGGGCCAGGGUGAAGGUCACCUCAUUCUGGCUGGACAAGACGAUAAACAUCUCAGCCCAUCAAGGACAGACAAGGACAGUGGACGCUCCUUUAAAGGAGACAAAGUAGAUUCCUCUGCUUGGAGUUUUUUCAGCGGAGCAGGCCAGAAAGGUCCCAAAGACUCCACCGUGGAUGGAAGCCCAGACAGUGAUAAAUCAACAGGGGGCGGCAGCAGAGACAGAGGGGGAACAGCAUUAACCACAAAGGUCAGCUAUGGUGAGGGGCGAACAACGAGCUCUGGUGAAGGCAGCAUGGAGGCAGGGGAAGGCCUGAGUCCAGAAGGAGGAGGAGCGUUCAUGCUGUUCAGAAGGGACCCGACCAAGCAAACAUCAACAACAACGCAACUCACUAUGGGGGGCACAGGAGAGUACAAAUCCAGGAGGAGGGAGUUCGAGGCCUGGCUGUCCAAAGAGAAUGAACUCCUCUCAGGGAUCUGCAGCACUAAGGGAGCAACAUUCAGCGCCAAAGAACUCAAGAUCCGACAGGAAACACUCAAGGCUCUGAGGUCAAGACUGGCCUGGGGUCAGGUGCAGUUCCAGCUGUUGCUCCAGGAGAGUCAGAGCAGUGAGGCUGGUUCUGGACCAGCAGAAGAUGUGAGUCUGGAGGAACUUCGCUACCGCUGGAUGCUCUUCAAGUCCAAACUGAAGGAUGUGGGAGACAUCAGGGCCAGGGCCAGUGCCAAGAGAGUCCAAGCCAAACAAGAGGAGCCGGCCAUCGCAGCAAAGGUGCAGAAGAAGCCCGGCUUGUUGCAGCGGGUAUGUCGGCUGGCUCUUCCUCUGUGGCUCCUCCUGCUGGCUCUGCUGCUCCUGGCCUUCCUACUGCCCCUCAUGGACGAAAGCAGCAGCUGCUCCCUCUCCAACAACUUCGCCCGAUCCUUCAACGUCAUGCUGCGUUACGACGGACCGCCCCCCACAUAGGAAUACCUCCAUGGAUAAAGAAUUAUCUCAUCUCAAUCUCUACAGCAUGUAUGUAGGAAACGCUGAUCAUCAUGCGUGACUGUAACAGACCACAAACAGGACCAGUUCAGUCUAAAGUCCGACAAAAUCACCACCAUCAACAACUCUGUUCCCCGUGUCUAACCCAGCAGCACCCACACCCUUUUCUCUCCAUUCCUCUGGACCCCCUGACCCCUCCCCCCUAUCGCUGCCUCUCCCGGUUCGACCCAGUUGACCCAGACACCAUUUCCAAACUCCUCAGCUCGUCCAAACCCACCACCUGCUCCCUGGACCCCCUCCCCACUCCCCUGCUGAAGUCCUGCCUCCCUGUCCUAUGCCCCUACCUCACCAACCUCUUCAACUCCUCACUGUCCCACGAAACUGUCCCCUCAGCCUUCUAAACCACUGCUGUCAGCCCCAAUGCUCAAGAAACCAGGUCUGGACCCCUCCUGUCUCAAUUACUACCGUCAUAUCUCCAACCUCCCCUUCCUCUCCAAAACCCUUGAACGCCUCGUCACCACACAACUCCAAUCCCACCUGCACUCCAGUAACUUAUUUUAACCCCUUCAAUCCGGUUUUCGCCCCCUCCACAGCACAGAAACUGCACUCCUCCAAGUCCUCAAUCACCUCCUCACCUCUGCCGACAUCAGAGCCCUCAACAUCCUCGUCCUCCUGGACCUGAGUGCAGCCUUCAAUAUCGUGAGUCACAACAUCCUACUCACCAGACUCCAAGACAUCGGUAGCGAAGGUACUGCACUCAGCUGGCUCCGGUCCUACCUCACCAACAGAUCACAUUUCAUCUCCCUUCAAAACAACUCCUCUGCCACAUCUACAGUCACACAAGGUGUCCCCCAAGGCUCUGUACUCGUCCCACUCCUUUUCAUAAUCUACAUAUUCCCCCUCGGUCAGAUCCUCCACCCAUUUCAACCUGGACUUCCACUGCUAUGCCGAUGACACACCGAUAUAUUUCAGCACCAACUCCCCCCACAACCCACCCCUCUCCCACAUCAACUCCUGCCUCUCUGCAAUAAAAACCUGGAUGCAAGAGAAUUUUCUCAAACUCAACAGCGACAAAACUGAUCUCCUCCUCAUCGGCUCCAAAUCUACCCUCAGCAAACUCAACAACCCCACACUCACCAUUGAUGGCACCACUGUUUCCCCCUCCUCCCAUGCACGCAACCUUGGCGUGUUAUUUGAUCCCAGCCUCUCCCUUGAGCCCCACAUCUGCCAAGUUGUCAAAAUCUCCUUCUACCACUUGUGCAAUAUUGCCAAGAUCAGACCUUCCCUCACAUCCCCUGCUGCCGAGAGGCUUCAUCUCCUCCCGCCUCGACUACUGCAACUCUCUCCUGUACGGCAUAAGCACUACCUCCAUCGAUAGACUCCAACUGGUCCAGAACGCAGCUGCCCGACUCCUAACUCACACCAAAUCCUGGCACCACAUCACCCCAGUCCUAAAAGACCUCCACUGGCUCCCUGUUUCUCACUGGAUCACCAGAGCCCUGCACCAACUGGCAACCCCCUACCUCUCUGACCUCCUCUCCCCCUACCAACCCUCACGGCCCCUCACAUCCACCUCGGCUGGUCUUCUCUCCACCCCCAAGUCCAGCCUCCGCAGCUUUGGGGACAGAGCAUUCUCCAGGUCAGCUCCCAGGCUUUGGAACUCCCUCCCACAACACAUCAGAGACUCUGAAUCCCUCUCACUAUUUCAGUCCCAACUCAAAACCCAUCUCUUCUCCUCUGCCUACUCCUAGCCCCCCCCCACCCUCACCCAUUUGUCUGAGUGUGCGCCCAUGUGUGUCGUUUGUCUGCUGUUUGUCUCACACCGCUUCCCAUUUAUGUUGUUAAGCGUCUUUGAGUUCCUGAAAAGCGCUAUAUAAGUCAAAUUUAUUAUUAUUAUUAUUAUUAUUAUUAUUAUUAUUAUUAUUAUUAUUAAGGCUUUGAUACAAAUCUUAUUCUCAUUUUAAUAACGACUCACUAAUAGCUUUAACACCAUCCUUUAGUAUCAUCUCUACUUGGAUGGAAGGAAACCUAGAGGAGCACGCACAUCUGCAAUCCCACGUUUUAAACCUUUUUACCUCACACGUUUUCAACCAUUACACCUCUCACAUCCCAUUCAGCAACAGCUUCUUUGCAGUUUAAAAAUCAUGAUUUUUAAUUAACUAUCAAACUACCCAUCACGAAAAAUAAACAAGUCCAAUAGAACAGCAAAUCCAAUGCUCAUUCUAAAAAUGAACCAGACCGUUUUAACAUCCGUUAACCAAAGUUAUUUCUUGACAUCUUUCAGCGCUAUGCCUUCCCAACAGUUUAAAUAUCGUAGUCAGCUUUUAUCUAAUGGAAAUGAAAUUAUGUUCAUCUGAACUUUAAUGUGGUAAUGGACAAGUUUUCCAAGUGGGAAACGCUAUGGAUUCCCAGUUAUGCUUUCCACACGGAUGGUUGCACAGACUUGAGCUGAAGCAGAAUCGUGACGAGGAAACCUUUAGAUAUUUUAUACUCCGUGCGGGUUUCUCCUUGAG